AUGGAACUACAAUCUUCUUCUCUACCUCCUCACGUGAUGCUCGUAUCUUUUCCAGGGCAAGGCCACGUGAACCCACUUCUUCGUCUCGGCAAGCUCUUAGCUUCAAAGGGUUUACUCAUCACUCUCGUCACCACAGAACAAUGGGGCAAAAAGAUGCGAACCGCUAACAAAAUCCAAGACCGAGCCCUCAAACCGAUCGGUAAAGGUUAUCUCCGGUUCGAAUUCUUCGACGAUGGUCUCUCGGAAGACGACGAAGCCAUCAGAAACGACUUCAACGUCCUCCGACCACACCUCGAGCUUGUCGGCAAACGAGAGAUCAAAAACCUCGUGAAACGUUACAAGAAAGUGACUAAUCAGCCCGUGACGUGUCUCAUCAACAACCCUUUCGUCUCUUGGGUUUGCGAUGUGGCGGAAGAUCUUCAAAUCCCUUGUGCCGUUCUCUGGGUCCAAUCUUGCGCGUGCUUAGCCGCUUAUUACUAUUACCAUCACAAACUAGUUGAUUUCCCGACCAAAACAGAGCCAGAGAUCAAUGUUCAAAUCCCUUGCAUGCCACUCUUGAAGCACGACGAGAUCCCUACUUUCAUUCAUCCUUCAACUCCGUAUUCUGCUUUAGGAGAAGUGAUCAUAGAUCAGAUCAGACGGCUUCACAAGCCUUUCGCUGUUCUCAUCGACACUUUCAACUCUUUAGAGCAAGAAAUCAUCGACCACAUGUCAAAUCUCUGUCUCCCUAACGUUAUCAGACCGCUCGGACCGCUUUACAAAAUGGCGAAAACCGUGACUAGUGAUGGAGAUAUCUCUGAGCCAAGGGAUCAAUGCAUGGAGUGGUUAGACUCCCAGCCUGUUUCCUCAGUAGUUUACAUCUCGUUCGGGACAGUUGCUUACUUGAAACAAGAACAGAUCGAUGAGAUCGCUUACGGUGUGUUAAACGCCGACGUUUCGUUCUUGUGGGUGAUUAGGUUACAAGAAUUGGGUGUAAACAAAGCGCGACAUGUUUUGCCCGAAGAGGUUAAAAAGAAAGGGAAGAUCGUUGAAUGGUGUUCGCAAGAGAAAGUCUUGGCUCAUCCUUCGGUGGUUUGUUUCGUGACUCAUUGUGGUUGGAACUCGACUAUGGAAGCUGUGUCUAGUGGAGUCCCAACGGUUUGUUUUCCUCAAUGGGGAGAUCAAGUCACCAACGCGGUUUAUAUGGUCGAUGUUUUGAAGACGGGAGUGAGUCUUGGUCGUGGAGAGGCGGAGGAUAGGGUGGUUCCGAGGGAAGAAGUGGCGGAGAAGAUGAGAGAAAUUACGAUAGGAGAGAAAGCGAGUGAGCUCAAGAAGAACGCUUUGAAGUGGAAAGAGGAGGCGGAGGCGGCCGUGGCUCACGGUGGCUCGUCGGAUAGGAAUAUUGAGGAGUUUGUGGAGAAGUUAGGUGCGAAACCUGUGGCGAAACAAAACGGAAGUCAUAAUCAUCCUGUCUUGAUUAUUCAAGAGGUUUGA